ACGGAGUCUUGCACCGCCACUUCUCUCUCUCUUCCUCUCUCUUCCCUUAUGAACGUCGACCGUUUGGCAGAACUUAACCGAGGCAACCAGUCUGCGCCUAGCCAACAUGUAGAGAUGAGACCUCUCAUGGCUCCUCCUUCCGACCCUCAGUCCACACAAGGUUUCUUGGACCAAAUAUCACAGCUGCAAGAUGUCAUAAAGGGCAUCAAUGAAAACAUCUCCAGACUUCGAAGUCUUCAGCAGAACUAUCUUCAGACCUCUGACGAAACUCAGCAGUCUCGGUUGAGGUCGCAAAUCACCAGCAUGAACGACGAUACUAACCAGAUGAUCAAAUCCGUCAAAGACCGCGUCAAGGCUAUUGAACCUACCCCAAGACAUCCCGAUCUCGGUAUCCGAAAAAAUCAGUUUGCCAAUGUUAGCAAGAGUUUUAUGGAUAGCAUAGAAAGGUAUCGUGGCUUGGAAAUUGAAUUUCAAAAGCAAGAGGCACAACAGCUGGAACGACAAAUCAAAAUCGCAAACCCUAAUGCGACAUCCGAAGAGAUUGAUCAGGCUGUCCAUGAUGCUCAGACCGGGUCACGUCCUGUGUUUGCCCAGCAGUUAUUAGGUCAACGAUACCAGGCGCAGGAGACUUUAGAGAAUGUGACUCAGCGCCAUGAAGAAAUUCAAAAAUUGGCCCAGAGCAUUAACCAGCUUACCGAGUUGUUCCAGGAGAUGCAAGGACUGCUGGAAAACCAGGCACAUGUCCUCAACACCAUCGAGGCGAGCAGUUACGAGGUGGUCAAUGAGGUCGAAAAGGGAAACCUGCAAUUGAAUCAAGCAGUCACUCUGGCCAAAAGCACCCGAAGAAAGAAGUGGAUUAUGUUUGCUAUCAUUGCCACUAUCAUCAUUGUCAUUGUCAUUAUUGUCGUUGUGAAGUUGGUUCCUCAGAACAAGCAAUAGUCAACUCCAACGAAACGAAUUGAAUGCAGUUAGCCGACGGGGUCCAACCCAAAUGACAGAGUAUAAUCCCUGUAAUAUCUUUCUCUUAUGUUCUUCCCACUCAGUUGUUUCGUUUUUAUCAUACCAGCACCGCCCUGCAUUACUUUAUUGUAUACCACCAUCCCAAAAAAAA